AGAGGCAGUCAUGGUGCCGUCAUCAUCAAUGGUGUAUUCGGCAGAGAUGUUGUCCUGGAGGAAGAGUCCCUCUGGGUCUUUUUUCUGCUGAGCGUACCAUUUGCCUGCAUACUGCAAGAUACAACACACCAGGACACAGAGAGCGUUCGGAGGAGGACGUCGGUUGGUUUCAGCUCUGGGCUCAGGCUUUGAUGCAGGUCACCUGAUCAGUUUUACUAGAGCAGAUCCUGAUUCACCUUCAACACUAUUAGGAAAACACCUUGCUGAUGACAGUUGGAUUGGAGACGGGUAGCCCCUGCUGUGGCAGGCGUCUCAUCUCACGAUUCUUCGUUUUUUCAACCAUUUGAGGAUUUUAUGCUUUAAAUAUUCAGUUUUUGACCUUAAAACUCAUUUGAACUCUCAUUACUUGGCCUGCAAGUACUGGGAUUGGGGCAGAAGAUCCCAAGAUGAGUGUCAAAAAGGAAGACGUGGAGAAGUUCCUGGAUGGAAAUCAAGAUUUUGCCAGGAGCUAUUUCGACAAAAAGCUCAAACCUGGUGCCGUGGCCUCGAUCAUGCGAAUACCAGAGUCUAAAGUGGAUGUGGACAGUUUUAAGGACAUCUGCUCGGUAGAGGAGGGAGGGUUAUUCUACGAUCUCAUUACAGACAUGCAGGAGAACGUCAAUAUGGAGAAGGUGAUUUUUAAGAUUCUGAAGCGGAUCAGCGCUCUGAUCCACGCCGACCGAUGUAGCCUGUUCAUGUAUCGACAGAGGAACGGCAUCGCUGAGCUGGCUACUCGUCUCUUCAACGUUAAUGAAAAUUCUGAGCUGGACGACUGUGUGGUGCCUCCAGACUCUGAGAUCGUCUUCCCUCUGGACAUCGGUAUAGUAGGACAUGUGGCUCAAACCAAGAAGAACAUCAAUGUGAAGGAUGUUACACAGAAUAGUCACUUCAGCUCAUUCGUCGACGAACUUACUGAAUACACCACACGCAACCUCUUGGCCACACCUAUCAUGAAUGGAAAGGACGUCGUAGCCGUCAUCAUGGCAGUCAACAAGACUAAUGGACCCUAUUUCACAGAUGAAGAUGAGGAUCUUUUUUUAAAGUAUCUGAAAGUUGGCUCUCUGAACCUGAAGAUCUUUCAUCUGAGCUACCUUCAUAACUGUGAAACCCGAAAAGGACAGCUGCUGUUGUGGUCAGCUAACAAGGUGUUUGAAGAGCUCACAGACAUUGAACGACAGUUUCACAAAGCUUUGUACACAGUACGAGCCUAUCUCAACUGUGACAGGUACUCCGUGGGCCUUCUGGACAUGACCAAGGAAAAGGAGUUCUUUGAUAUUUGGCCUGUGUUGAUGGGAGAGCAGCCACCUUAUUCUGGCCCCGUUACUCCUGAUGGAAGGGAAAUCAUUUUCUACAAAAUUAUUGAUUAUAUUUUACACGGAAAAGAGGACAUCAAGGUCAUACCAAAUCCACCAGCAGAUCAUUGGGCUUUGGUUAGUGGAUUACCUACAUAUGUAGCAGAGAGUGGAUUUAUUUGUAACAUCAUGAAUGCAGCAGCAGAUGAAACGUUCAACUUUCAGACGGAAGCUCUGGAUAGCAGUGGAUGGACCAUCAAGAAUGUGCUGUCCUUGCCAAUUGUCAACAAAAAAGAAGAAAUUGUUGGCGUUGCAACUUUCUACAACAGGAAGGAUGGCAAACCAUUCGAUGACCAUGAUGAACAACUCAUGGAGGCUUUGACACAGUUUCUGGGCUGGUCGGUGCUUAACACAGACACCUAUGACAAAAUGAACAAGCUGGAGAACAGGAAGGACAUUGCCCAGGACAUGGUGCUGUACCAUGUCAAAUGUCGAGAUGAUGAGAUUCAAAACAUCCUUAAAACAAGAGAAUAUUUUGACAGAGAACCAAGAGACUGUGAGGAGGAAGAGCUUUUGGAGAUUCUGAAAAAAGAGCUGCCUGGUCCAAAUAAGUUUGAGAUCUACGCGUUCCAUUUUUCAGACUUUGAUUGCACUGAACUGGAUCUUGUAACAUGUGGGAUCCAGAUGUACUAUGAAGUUGGAGUGGUUAAAAAGUUCCAGGUCCCUCAGGAGGUUUUGGUGAGAUUCAUGUACUCAGUCAGCAAAGGCUACAGGAAAAUCACCUACCACAACUGGCGCCAUGGCUUCAAUGUUGGGCAAACCAUGUUCACUUUACUCACGACAGGCAAACUGAAGCGGUAUUACACAGAUUUGGAGGUGAUGGCUAUGAUCACUGCUGGCUUCCUGCAUGAUAUCGACCACAGAGGCACAAAUAAUCUCUACCAAGUGAAGUCCCAAAAUCCUCUAGCCAAGCUGCAUGGAUCCUCCAUUCUAGAGAGGCAUCACUUGGAAUUUGGCAAAUUCUUGUUAGCUGACGAGUCAUUAAACAUCUUCCAAAAUCUCAACAGAAGACAAAUGGAGCAUGUCAUCCACCUCAUUGACAUUGCCAUUAUUGCAACUGAUCUUGCCUUGUACUUCAAAAAGAGAACAAUGUUCCAGAAAAUUGUGGAUCUCUCUGAGACAUAUGAAGAACAGAAGAAGUGGGUGGACUUCAUGUCUCUUGAAACGACAAGGAAAGAAAUUGUAAUGGCCAUGAUGAUGACAGCAUGUGACCUCUCAGCUAUCACAAAACCAUGGGAGGUGCAGAGCAAGGUCGCUCUCUCUGUAGCAGCUGAAUUCUGGGAGCAGGGUGAUCUUGAGAGGACUGUUCUUGAGCAACAACCUAUCCCCAUGAUGGACAGGAACAAAGCUGCGGAGCUGCCAAAGCUUCAGUGUGGUUUUAUUGACUUUGUCUGUACUUUUGUCUACAAGGAGUUCUCUCGUUUUCACCCCGAGAUUCAGCCAAUGUAUGAUGGCAUUCUGAACAACCGGAUGCAUUGGAAAGCAAGGCAGGAAGAAUACGAGGCAAAACUAAAGGAAAUGGAGGAGGCAGUUAAGGCCAGGCAGGAAGCAGCUGCCAAAAAUGCUGCAAAUUCCAACAGCACCAGUGGAUCAGGAUCAGGGUCAAAGACCUGCUCUAUCUGCUAGAGAAAAGACAACAUUACAGAGGGCAAGGCACCUUGAGAUGCAACCUAGCCUCUAAGUAGUAUGUCACACGGGGGGAGAUCAACCUCACCCCAAGGAUCUGAUCAAGAGUGAGUGGGAAAACACUAUCAAUGCAUUAUAUGCUAUUAGCAAGCCACAAGACCACAUCCUAACCAAAACACACGUUGGAUCUCGCCUACAGUUAGUAUUACUGUUCCACUGUGUUUCUGUGGGUUAUAAUGUUUAAGAAUUUUCAUUGGAUGGCAAUCGUUUUUAAUUAAUCACGAUGCAAACUUAAAUGUACUAAGGGUGAAUAUUGCAAAGAUGGUUCUGAUAUUGUUUUUUCCAUCCAAUCAAAGAUUAGCAUCAUCUAUAAUUUGUUGUCACCACCUACUAUUACUGAAUAUCAGAAAACAAUGGCCAUUAUAUGAGUGAUGUGUAUUUAUGCCAUUUAUUCUCUCUAAAAGUAAUCAUGUUGUAUAGCUGGAAGCUAAUGUUCGGGUCGCUAAAUGUGAAAAGGUAGGUGACAGACAUUAAUGUGCAACAAUAUAUACAGGGUUGCCAGGUUUUCACAACAAAACAAGCCCUAGUGUUUUGUAGGAGGUCCCUUGGUAAAAUAAACAUUUUUUGGCGGGGUUCCCCUGGUAAAAUUCGCAUUCCAGGGGCUAAUUGUCACAUUGUUGGGGUUGCUUUAACCCGCAGACAACAGUGUUAAAGUACCCCAAUUCUACAGGAAAACCAUGGACUUGGCAACACUGAAUAUAUAGCUUCUGGUAAGCUAGAUGGCAGAGUACAGUCGUGGUCAGCAUGUAUAAAGAUUUGCUAUAAAGUUAUAGUUGUUGUUAUAGUUUGAUUUUUUUUUCCAUCACUUAAGUUGACAGGUAAUACGCAAUUGUCCUUCAGACUUAUUUACAUCAAGUGCUGUCAUGGGUGUGUUUUACUGAGCAAUGUCCCGUUACUCAGUGUCUCUGCUGUUGGGACAUGCGUUCAGAGAGAAAACUAAUUCCAGUGGCCUUGAUACCAUUCAUCUGUUCUCAGCUGACCUGUCAUCACACUGAACCUUGAGAAGUCUGUGAUUAAAUUUAUGAAGGUAUUCAGAUUCAGGCAUUUAUGUCUGACUUCUUUUUUUUUUUUUUU